UGCCGUCCAUAAUUAUGUAGACUGCCCUCGGAUGCAUCGCCAGGGACUGGGAGCUAUCGAUGUGACUGAUGAAUUUCCCGUUUCCCAAACAGAGCAAAAAAGCGUUAUAGACUGUUGGACCCCCUAGUCCACCCUCUUUCCGUCGCUAUACGCAACAUACAAGGUUCACGGCCGUCUGUCUCCUGUAGUUUGCUGCACGCCUCCCUGCUCACAUUGACCGAGAUGGGGGCUCGCGUGCCAUCACUUACUUCGCCAAUGAAGGCAUCCAUGAAGAACGGUGCCCGCCAGUAUCUUGCGGCAGAACUCAAGGUCGACUUCCUCCUCGAGAUACAACUGCUUCUCCUUACGUUCAGCACCGGCAUCCAGGACGCCAUUAGCUACCCCGACUUCCAGUGCUUCGCCUCCAACCAGACGGGCAACUCGGUAGUUCUCGCCGUAGGCCUCGCAGGCCACGCCGGAAACCUCUUCAGCCUCGGCAAUGUCGGCCUCAGCCUCGGCAUGUUCAUAGCGGGCGCAAUCAUCACCGGUCAGAUCGCCAAUGCCGUCGGGCCUCGAGGGCGGGCAUGGCUGGUGCUCAGUAACCUGGCGCAGACUCUCAUGAUAUUUGGCGCCGCCGCGAUCCAAGCCGUGACGCACGCUCGAGGAACGGGCCCCUCGGCCAUGGGGUCGCUGACCCUGCUUGCUUUUGCGUCUGGCGCCCAGGUUGCCGCCAUGCGGCCCUUUAGGAUCCAGGAGAUUACCACGGCGAUGGCUACCGCAGCGUGGGUUGAUCUCGUGAUUGACCCCAAGUUGCUGGGUUUGAGAAACCGCCCUAGAGACCGGCGUCUGGGGUUUCUCGUUGCUUUGGUCGCUGGAAGUUUCGCUGGUGCGUAUAUGCGGACCGGCAUCGGUUCCUCGAAUGCACUGAUCGUUUCGGCUUCGGGGAAAAUGCUCGUCACUUUGUUGUUAUUGCUAAAUCGUCAGGAGCAACCUGCUCCUUAGUCUUGUAUGCGAGACGAUACAUGUAUAAACCCCACCACUUUGCCCGUAGCCUCUCAAGAAGUUAAGAACAU